AUGAUUAUACACAAUGUCGAGGAGGGAGAAUACACCGACGACAAAGAUGCAUUGGAUAAGAUCCUAAAGCUGAAGUUGCAGGAGGAGUCGGUCGGGAAGCAUAAGGAAAUUGUACAGAUGGUUUCAGACGACUACUUCUCGUGGAACAAACUUAAGGAGCAUCUCUUGGCGAAUCCUUCAGACUUCAAGGACCAGCUCAAGGUUUGCGAGAACUCUUUAAGAAAUGACCCCAAGUCCUACCAGGCCUGGUACCACAGGAAGUUCAUGAUGAAAAGCUUCCAGGUGCAGAGGGAGAAAUACCUCGAUAGGGAGGACUUUCUUACAAAGCUUCUUCUCGAGUCGGAUCCAAGAAACUUUCACUGCUGGAACUACAGAAUGGCCAUUCUUAACACCAGGCCAGUAAGAGACCUGUUCAACUACUCGUACCUACACCACUCGUGCUCAGAAGACCCUCUUUCUAUUAUAUAUACAGAUCCUCUGGAUCCGACAUGCUGGGAAUACUUCUAUUUGUGGAGGGAAAGGAAGAGGAUGGAGAACGGGCUGUACAUUAGGGGAUACAGAGGCCGUCUUGAGAUCAGAUUUUCGAAGCCUUUCUGUGGAGAGAUUACCUUUGAAGCAGGCAACACCAGAAAAACAAUAGUUUCCGAGCUUUACACAAGGAUCGUUGCAGUAGAGGGAGUGGCUGAGGCUCUUGAGAGAUGCAGAGUGGUGAUGAAUGGAAGGGCUGUAGACUUCUCCCCUGGAAACGAAGACUUUAGAUUUGUGCAUGAGAUCCUUGAGCUUGAGCCUGAGUGCCUCGGUGCAUUGUUAACACUUCUAGACUACACGAGGGAGGAAGCAAAGAGAGCCGAUAUGAUAGAAAGAAUCAUAAGGCUAGAUCCAAUUAGAAGAAACCAUUACAACACUUUGCGUGGAAAGUUUUACAGCGUGUAUGUUCCAGAAAUAGCACUCUAA